ACGAGAGCAGGCGGCAGCAGCAUCUCGCCGAGCCCGCCUUUCUUCGACAUCGAUCUACAUAGGCUUGCGAAAGUGAAAACAUGGCACCUCAAGAGUCUGAAAGUCGCCGCGCGUAAUUCGGCGCAUGAUGCUGAAUCGUGCUUCUACUUUGAUUUGCACUACCAUAUGCUGACGGGCAGAAUAAAUGCUACUAUAUUCAAAAACGGUCAAAGUUACCCAUCCCUGCGCUGCGAGAAGGACUCCUCCAUGGGCGCGGGCGCGCUAGAGUGCUUCACUGAUGACGAUGCCUUUACUUUCCUGCCGCUUGGCACAAAUUACGAGACGUAUUUCGUGGGCGGCCUCCAAGGUGUGAGAGAUGCUGACGGAUACAAAGCGACAAUGUGGUGCGUGUUUUACUCGUCACGCACCCCGGAUACAGCGGACCUCUGGAAGAUCGAACAGUGGCUGAAGGGAGUUAAAAUCAUCGGCCAACACGACGUCGUGGAGAUCGACAUGGGCGUCAGCUGCCCCCAGUACCUGUCCACGGCAUUCCCCGCCCCCAUCACCUCCAUACCCGUGGCCGUCAGCUGCCUCAAGAGAAACUUCCUCGAGGACUUCGACCUGGCGAGGUACUCGGGCAGCUGGCACGACAUCAUGGUGGCGUUCAAGCCCACGCCCCCGACAUUCGUCCAGUGCCUGACGCACGUCUUCGCCACGGCCAGCAACGCCGUGGCAUACUUCGAGAAGACCUACAGCAUCCGCACGGGCCAGUUCACGACGCUACAGGGCAUGGCGGCGUUCGAGGGGCCGCCCGGGAUGGGCGUGUUCUCCCUCAUCCUGCCGACGGGCGUGAAGCAGACGUACCGCGUCGUGGACACCGACUACGACUCGUACUCCGUGAUUGUCAGCUGCAACGACGAGGGCCAGGCCACGGAGACGCUGCGGGUGCUGAGCAGGCGGUACUGGCUGGGCAAGGGAGCGCGCAGCAAGGUCAACGAAGUUCUGCGCCUCUACGGCGUCAACAACAUCGAGGGCGAGAUGAUCGACCUCGACACCCGCCCCUGCAUACCCGACACCUGCGUGCCGCGCGGGCCCGCCAUGAGGGACUUCGACGCCCUCCAGUUUGCAGGCACGUGGUACCUGGUCAAGUCGCUGGACCUGCCGCCCAGGAACCCGCCGAAAUGCCCCACCUACUUGCUGGCGGCCGCCGUCAACGGCAGCAUGUUCCUGCAGACCAGCGACGCGCGCAACAGCUUCAGCCGGCCGGAGAUGCUGGAGAUCGUGCCGGUGGACCUGCUGUCCGGUGAGGGCCGCUACGUCUUCCGCGACCGCCCCGGGGCUCCCGUGAGGCACUACGACAUCCUGUACGCGUCGUACCAGAGCUGGGCGCUCGUGUCCGCCUGCUCCGAUCCCCCUGAGGACUACCGGGACAACGCGGCCCACAACUCUUUGAAGAUCAUUGCCCGAAGUCGAGAUCCAUCCCAGCUCCCCGAGAAAGAGGUGACCGACGUGUUGAGGGACUUGGAUCUGGACAUCAUCGACUUCCAGUCGUCCGAUUCCGUCUGCGACACGUUAAAGUGCCCCCUCGAUGUCACGACCGUCGAGAAGUUUGACAGGGCAAAGUUUCAAGGUACGUGGGUCGUGCUUGAGGAGACGCCUACAGACACAACGACGGGGUUCUGUACGCGACAUCACUUUAGCAAGGGCCGCGCGAACAAAAUGACCCUUGAUAUUCACCAGUAUAAUUCUGACGGAGAAUCCGUCGCAAACAGAACGUAUGAAUUAGAUACGGUCGACCCUUCGGAGGCGAAAUUCACGACUGAAGACCCAGUUCGCAGUGGUAGAGAUAUUUUCGAAAACUACUGGGUUCUCGACACAGACUACAAAGAGUUCGCCGUCGUCUACAGCUGUUCCGAUAGAGUAAAAGGAUGGGACAGCGUCUCGCGGAGUCGAGUCGGGGAGGGGCCAUGCCGGUUGGGUUGCCUACACACGGGCGCCACCGCCGUCCCGCGAGACGUUGUUCCGGCCCGACGACCUUCUCCUCUUGUUCGCAGCGCGCACCUGGGUGCUGGGGCGGUCGACGGCGAGGCUCGGCCACGCGGCCGCCUUACGCGUCCUGAACGUGCUGACCUACAGCUUCGUGGACAUGCGCAAGCUGCGGGAGGUGGACCACCACAUCGCGCCGUGCCCGCAGACGCCCGCCGACGUCUGCCCCGACGACGACGACAACGGGGGAGGCUCCCCCCCUUUCGGGCCCAAGUCGAACGGCCGGCGACUCGCGGCCCGCGCCGGGCUGCUCGCCGUGAGCCUCGCGACCCUCGUCUUCGUGGGCAUUCACGCCAGGGUCGGGAUGCAGGGCCUCGGGUUGUCGAUGGCCUCAGACUCCGACUCGGCGGACGCCACCGCCAUCUCGCCGUGUCUUAUUCACUUACCGAUGAGCGCCACCGACUCACCCCCUCCUGACUCGCCCGGCUGCGACCUGCCUUUUAACCUUCCAACAGGUCCUGGUGAGGUCCUGGAGAGGCCUUGCGGUGAGCAGGAAUAACGAGGGCCAGGUAUCUAGAGUAUUAAUAAGCGCAUUUUUUUAAUUGUAACAUAACUUAAGACAAACAUAGUUAACAAUAUAAUAUAUACACAUGUGUUACUAGUAGAA